AUCAACAACAAAAUAUUUAAAUUUGAGUGUUAACUUCUAAGUUCUAACACAAAAUUUUCAAACUACAAAUUAAGUAGAAUUUCGUAUGAAAAAUUAAACAACUUUUAGUUAUUUAAUAAAUAAUCAUCAAUAACAACACAAUUAUCGAUACAAAUAAAGCUAUCUUAAUCUUAUCACUCUCCCUUAAUAAAUUUGCAAAUAUGACAUCGGCAUCGUCAAGCAGCGCCCGAUCUCUGUUCGCGGAAUCUAAACAAAGACUUGCAGAGAGAGUUCAAGUUAAUAUGAACAAUAUAGCAUCACUAGCGAGGCAGAUCCAACGAGGUUCCAAAUCUAAUGAGCUCCUUAUGAAAGCAGCAAGGGAUACAGCAUGUACAGAACCAUUAAUGGAGAGCACAGAACAGAAUUUAAAGAAAAUGCAACUGAUCUCAGUGCAUAUGGGUUACCAGUUUGAAAGCAUACAGAAGUCAGCAGAAAUGAUUACAGAAAUUAAUGAACAAGUUGCUAGCUUACAUAGAUAAAUAUGUCUAUCUGUUCUUUUUUUGUUUAUUUCAACAAUUGUUUGGGGGGAAAAUUAUCAGAGGAUCUAUAUCCAAACAGCUAAGUUCCAUAUGCCAUGGAUAUGCAUAUUAUGCGUUACCACAGCUUAGGUUGCGCAUGAGAAGUCUAAGAUAACAUUAUAUAUUAAAAUUUGAUUAAAGCUAAGUAUUUAAAAUAUAUUUUGUUAUGUUUAUGCUCAAGGCAUGUUUAAGUCAAUCAAUAUUAAAUGUGUUAUUUAAUAAAUUUGAUCUCAUCAUACGUAAUUAUUUUAAUAUGUACAUAUAAUUUAUUCACAUAAUUAUUUGUAUUGAAGUAAGUAUGUAUCUUUUAUUAUAUAUUAUAUAUGAAUAACUUAGUCAAUAAAUUUGGAGAAUUUUGAGUUUAAUAAAUAAGUCUACAAAAUACGGUAUAAACAAUGCAAAAAGUAAAUUCCUUUUCCUCAGAAUUAUUUUGUAUUACGGAUUUUUAUAUAUUAUAUAAAUAAAGAAUAUAAUAAAAUCUUUAUAAAUAUAUUUUA